AUGAUGCACUCUACAUCAACAUCCAGCUUACAUUACUUUGAUUCAAUCAAAUGGAAGAAGAGACUACACAAAAUAUCGGAUAAACUCCAUCGUUCACAUAACAGUUCUCUUUGGAAUGUGAAAUCGUCCAAAUCAGCCACUGCUUUAGCUGCAGCAACAGAGAAAUACAUUCGCACCGAAUCGACUGAAAUUGCAAUUCAUUCUGAGGAUUUAACUGCAAGUCAAUUUGCCAAUUUGACAGGCAUAAAAACCAAGCGCAACAGCACCACACACUCCAUCUAUUCGAGCGAUGACAUUUACUCGGAUUCCGAGGAUGAUUCUGAAGACGAUUACUAUUCUACCAUGGCCACCUCAACCAAAAGCGGUAGCGGUGCGACUCCGGCCAUGAAGAUUUGGGAUUCGCAUUUCUGGCAAGAUGGCAGAAAGAGCUUACCAACGCCCAUCAUCACUACGCCACUGACAAAAUCAACGUCAUUGAAUCAAGUAACCACGGCUGCAACUGCAACCAAAAGCGUCCACUUGACAUGUCAACCAUUGGUACGCAACAAAUCAGAGCCUGCAAAAAGUAGUUGCGUUCAGAAAGGUCGAUUUAAAAUUGUAUGGGGCCAAGAAGAUACCGUUGAAAUCAAACCACAAGUCCAAUGUGUUGAAUGGAAGCGAAAGAGAGCCAGCAGUAAUCCCAUUCAGCAGUAA